AUGGGUGUCACCGUCAAGGAGAAUCUCGACUACAGCAUCAACCCGGGCGGGACGAUCUUGUUCGCGGUCAGCAUCAUCGCGCUCGUGCUGUCGCUGAGUGUCUUUGGCCUGCGCAUGUAUGUCAAGCUAUUCAUGAACCGCAAGGUGACGCCAGACGACUGGUGGAUGAUGGCGGCACAGCUCAUAUACAUCCCCUAUCUCAUCAUCUGUGCCUAUGGCCCCGCGGUCGCCGGCACCGGCCGCUGGACGGCCGAGCUGACCAAUGACGGCAUCGAGAUGGCGCUAUGGAUCUGGGCCAUCUGCGAGGUCAUCUACCCGCCGAUGAGCUUCUGCGUGCGCAUGUCGAUUGCGUGGUUCCUGCUCCGGCUGGCCGUGGUGCGGUGGCACAAGCGCGUCAUCAAGGGCGUCAUGUGGGCCAACGGGAUCGUCUCUGUUUUCUUCAUGAUCCCCCUGGUCGUGCAGUGCGUCCCGCUUUCGUACUUCUGGCUCCGACACAAGGGUGCCGAGGGGUACUGUAUCGACAAGGCGGUCGUGCCGGUCUCGACGAUUGUGCAUGCCGUGCUGGGCGCGAUCCUGGACUGGACCCUGGCGUUCCUGCCGAUUGCAAUGCUGUGGUCGGUGAGGAUCAAUCGCCGGACCAAGGCUGCCAUCGCGACGGUGCUGGGAAUGGGUGCUUUCUGCGGCAUCUCUCUUAUUGCUCGCAUCCCAUUCCUCAAGAUCAUCGAGAUCUCUGCAGACUUCCUGCACGCCACCACCGGUAUCGCCACAGUAGCAGUCCUCGAACCAGGUGUCGGCAUCAUCGCCGGCUCCCUCGUGACUCUCCAGCCACUGCUGAAGCGCUUCAAGCUCGGCUUCGCCUCG